UUGUCAAGUUAAAGUUACAUGACUGCGAUUUAAUAACGAUGAUGAUCUUCCUGAGCUGAGCUGCAGUCAGUCCGGGAAGGACUUUGAACAUCGUCACUUCCGCUUUCAUUGAGUCGGAGACGGUCGGACGUGAUCAUUUAUAACAUGAUCCACAACAAGGAGGCAGAAUCUGAAAGUCGGUUUUACGGUUUUGUUAGAACAGCCUCCGUAGGACUGACUCACAUCAUCUCCAUAGCCUUCCCUGUUUUUAUUGCGUUUCUUUCCCUACCCGGAACAAGUGUGUUUUCAUGGCAUCCUUUCCUGAUGACAGUAGCUUUUGGCUUCUUUAUGACGGAAGCCAUCCUGCUCUUUUCGCCCCGCGGCUCCCUCAUCAAGAGGUUUCCACACAAGACCAAAGGCCGUGUUCACUGGAUCCUGCAGAGCCUCUGUGGCUCCUGUGCACUUCUGGGCCUGGCUGCCAUCUACUACAACAAAAACCUGAACGGUAAAGCCCACUUCACCUCGUGGCACGGCCUGCUGGGACUGAUCACGGUGUGUGUCGUGUGCGUGCAGUCCUUGGCAGCCGUGCCUCUCAUUUACCACUCUCUGGCCAAAGGCUGGUCCCUCGCCAAGCUGAAGCGCUACCACGCCGCGUCGGGGCUCGUCACCUUCCUGCUGGGCUGCACCAGCCUGCUGCUCGGGCUCUGCUCCUCCUGGUUCACGGCGUCAGUAAGGGGGUACGCCUGGUACCUGGCAGCAAUCUGCCCCGCUCUCAGCGCUCUGAUCAUUAUGAAUCAGGUCUCCACUGCUUACGUUGCUAAAAAGCGGCUGCAGUCCUGACGGAGGCGCAUUGAAUGAACAGAGCUAAGCUCACUGUGCUCCUUUAAAGACUGAAAUAUUACUUCUCAGGCCACAAACCUUUCUGCCUUUUUUGAUCUUUCCAUGCUCGAAUGAAUAAAAAGUCAAAAUAUGCAGAAGAGGACCUAGAGUCCUUUUCAUAAUUGCAUACUAGUACAUGCUCUUUUAAAGCAACACGGAAUUUUUUAUCAUUCCAUAAUAAAAAAUGGAAUGAUAUAGAACAAAUAGAAUUAUUUGUUCUAUUUGAACAAAUAAUUCAAAUAGAAAAUGGAAAAACAGAAACAUGUACAUCAUUUUUGAGUAUAAAAAUACAAAUAAAUGGAAAAAAUAAAAACAUUUGUAAUAACUGCAAGUAUUUAUGUAACUGAUUAUUGCUGAAUUUACUUGGGAAUUGGUGAGUUAUUUAAAGCUAAUCUGCUCUCAUCCAGCUAUAUUUUACUUUUUGUUUUAUUUUCUUGCACAUUCUAACACUUGUACAUGCAUAUAUGCACCAAAUACACCAUUGGUCAACUUUUAAUUUAAAUAAAAUUGAUUUAUUUUUAAAUCAAUUUAUUUAAAAAUAAAUUGAUUUAUUUGUCCCUUUUAGCUGAGACCUUUUAUAUCAAAUCAUGUUACUUGCGACAAUAAAAUUUACUUAAAGGCUUGUAAUUCUUUUAUAUUUAUUUUAAAUAAUCAACAAAAAUAAAGUCUAUUUAAUAAUUGAAUUUAGAAAACAUAUUUUGCUCUCUGAAAGGUCUCAGGUUCAAAAAAGUUUUUAUCUGGUGUCUUUUCCCUCAAGGGACUUGCAAUAUAGUUGGACAGUCAUUUCCAUUUUGAACAUAAUAUGCCAAACCUAUAUUCAUAAAUAGAUUUUCUUUUACCCAGUUUUAUCCUAAAUAAAUUGUCUGCUUUCCUAGUACAGAUUCUGCUUUUUAGCAUUAUCUUGCUUUUCAAUUACAUUUAGCUCCUGGUGUGUUAAGUGUCAUAUUUGAGAGAGUUAUUUUUUCCCUCUACAUUUUGAAUAUAUUUUCACAUUUUAAUUUUUGUGUAUUUCCUUCCCAAAAAAGUGAAGAUAACUACACCGAAAUGACAAAUUGGUGGCAGGUUGCUAUUCCAGGAUGUAUAGCAACUGUUUAAGAAUAAAAGAA